AUGAGUGUAUUAAGUAAGGUAUUUGUUGUAGUUGCUAUAAUUCAAUUGAUGCAUUCUGGAUUUUCCAGUUCUGAAUUCCAUAGAUUAGUUAGAUCACAAAGUAUAAAUAGUUCCAGGUAUGUUGGUGUUACAUUACCAUUAGAUAUUAAAUUAGAGGCAUAUAUUGGAAUGAUACUGUUCACAAUUGGUAUUUUCAUGUCAUUUGAAAAG